GGCAGAUUAGCAGAGAUCGUGGCGCGAACAGUCUGGACGGCGAUCAUUUCCUUCUGUUCCUUGCCUGGAAAAUGGCUCGUUUUGGCUUAGGCUUGGGCUUUCCUUCCGAUGCUUUCGUCGAUUCUUUGAGCCCCCCACGUAAUUUACGGGCAGCAUUUUUAGCGUGAUCGGGAGCAUGCGGACACUCAGACCGGCCGCCGAUCAGGUGUGCGAUCAUAGCUUUCUUUUCGCCGUUCACUGAUUUCACUUUUUCACAUGCUAUCACAUGUCAAUCUUGAAUCACAGGGACCGACAUCGAAGCUCACUAGCAACCGACCUUGUUUGAACCACGAUUCGUGGAGUAGAUCAAGACCAGCCACCUCCUCUCUUCCCUCUCCAUCGACCUCCGUUGGCUGGGUUGCGGAAUUUGGGCGGUGAUGAUCGACACAGUAACGGCACCAUGCAUCAGAAUGUGAUUUGUUGCGGGAAGCUCCUUCGUAGAAAUGUUCCCACAUCUCCCCUCGAACGGCAGGCAUGGCGGAGUAAUGAGUUGGACUGGGUUUUGGUGUGCGAGGCAAUGAGGAACGACGCCAGAUGCACAGCGAUAAUCGAUGGCAUUGACAUCUCACGUGAUAUUGUGUCAUGGCUAUUACGAAGUCUUAGCUAACCCUUAACAUGGUUUCUCUCCCAAGCUAAGGACCGAAGUUAAGGCAAGUUAAGGCCUUAAAGUUAAGGGUCCCUUAACCUUAGCUACAACACUGGUUUGGAUCACCGCCGUGGCGGUGUGAUGAUAUGUCGUGAUUGACAGGCGGAAGGACCCCACACACAUCAAGCAUUGGAGUGCAAGUUACUCAGUCACUUUCUCAGAACUUCUUCCUGCAGUCUUUUGGCAUCAGCCAAACUUUUCUCUUCUCUUCUUCACCCUCUUAAUUUCAACGCUUUGACUCGUCAUGAAGAUUGAAUGGGCGUCCAACUUUCGUAGCGAUGGAAGUAGACGGCGCCCGCCGCCCUCGACGAUGCAUGGGUGGCUGGCCAAGAUGCGAGGCACGCUGCUGGGCGACGAGGACCUCCGAUCUAAGGGCAUGCGGGAGAUGAGAGACGCCAAGAGUUUCAAGCAGAACAAGAGCAAGAAGAUUCCUCAACGCAAGGCAUCGCGCGACAAGGAACCUUCUGCUCUGUUCGGUUCUCUCCACCCCAAACCCAAGCCUCGACCCACUGCUGGACAGACGAGGAAGCCAUCUGGUAGGAGCGCCGACACGCGAUCUCCCCGCCCUCGGCAACCGGCACCGCCGCCCCGUAGAUUAACCCAGCCAGCAACCACGAGGCGCAGGCCAUCACAGCAGCCGGCACCUCGUAGAAGGCACACAACGCGAUGAGCGCGUCAAGCAGAUUUCAUCUGAUACACGUGUUAAACGAUUUGUAAUGUUUUCGAAUUUGUAUAGUUGGACGAAUAAUAUUCUUUAUGACUGUAGUUGUGUCCUGUCCGUGUUCCAAUCAGCGCCCAAGAAGCAGUUCAUCAUGAUGUUGGACCGUCAUCCUGUGGAACAGCCAGUAGGCUUU